AUGUCAACCAAUCCAUUGACUCGUCGGACUCCACUGUCAGCACCAAUCUCAGCACCUACCUCUCACCCAGUCCACGCCCACGCCCAACCCCAGUCUCUUAGUCAAAGCAGGACUGAAUCAGAUGCAGAUACCAAGCUUCGAUCUCACUCAGAAGGUCCAGUGCCUCCUCCUGCAUUCGGUGGGAAGAGACGUUCUGCGGCUGGAGGAGCGUCAACGGGCAAAUUGGGUAAGAGGGAAUAUGCAAUUUUAGGUGGAAUCUUAGUGGUAGCUUGGUGGGUUAGGCUGUAUAAAUUAGGAAGACCGGAUAGUGUUGUCUUCGAUGAGGUUCACUUUGGUGGAUUUGCGACUAAAUACCUGAAAAGAAGAUUCUUCAUGGAUGUGCAUCCUCCCUUGGCCAAGCUGCUCAUCACGCUAAGUGCUUGGGUAGGAGGAUUUGACGGUAAUUUCGAUUUCAAAGAUAUCGGAAAAGACUAUAUUGAACCUGGUGUACCAUACAUCACGAUGAGGUUCUUCCCUGCCAUACUCGGUCUCGCUCUGGUCCCACUUACAUUCCUUACACUCAUCUCACUUCGAUUAUCAUUAGCCACAGCAAUACUCGGAUCACUACUAAUCGCAUUUGAAAACGCAUUAAUAACACAAUCAAGAUUGAUAUUAUUGGAUUCAUUCCUUGUCUUCUUCACUGCCCUUACGACAUUAUUCUGGGUUCGAUUUAGUUCACACGAUUUGGAAGGAAGAGCAUUCACGAAACCGUGGUGGAUCAAUUUGGGUUUAACCGGUAUAUCAUUAGGUGCAGUAGUAUCUUGUAAAUGGGUCGGAUUAUUCACUAUCGCGAUGGUCGGUGUAGGGACAUUAAGACAGCUAUGGUUGUUACUUGGUAAUCUGAAAGUAACUCCAAGACAAUGGUUGAAACAUUUCGCAGCUAGAACAUUAUGUUUAAUCGUUAUACCAACUGGCUUUUAUAUGUUCAUGUUCAAAAUUCAUUUUUGGAUUUUAAAUGAAUCGGGCGAUGGUGAUGGUUUCAUGAGUUCCGAAUUUCAACAUACGUUACAAGGUCAUGGGAUGGAAGAUACCUAUGCUGACGUAUCCCUCGGAUCAAAAGUCGCUCUCAGACAUGUACAUACUCAAGGAGGAUAUCUCCAUUCACACAACCAUGCAUACCCAGGUGGCUCCAAGCAACAACAAAUCACCCUUUACCCCCAUCGAGACGAUAACAACGUUUGGAGAAUAGUCAAUGCUUCUUCCGCAGACGGUCCAGCUUCUUUCCCUUGGGAUGAGUUACCCAUCGAAUACGUCUUGACAGGAACAAAAAUUAGAUUGGAACAUGUUAUAACUGAGAAAAGAUUACAUUCGCAUGACGUUAGACCGCCCGUCAGUGAAGUUGAUUUCCAGAAUGAAGUCUCAGGUUAUGGAUUCCCAGGUUUUGCGGGAGACGCAAAUGACGAUUUCGUAGUUGAGAUAGCUAAAAGAACAAGAGGGAAGAGAGAUAGAUCAGCAAGACAUAGGUUGAAGACUCUUCGAAGUCAAUUUAGGCUGAGACACGCUUUAACUGGUUGUUAUCUGUUCUCGCAUAAGGUCAAACUACCUGAUUGGGGAUUCGAACAACAAGAGGUCACCUGUAACAAGAACCCUACCUGGGAGAAUUCGUUGUGGUACAUUGAAACUAACGAGCAUCCUCAAUUACCCUUUGAUGCCGAGAAGAUCAAUUACGAGAAACCAUCGUUCUUUGACAAAUUCUUCGAGCUCAACGCAGUCAUGUGGAAGACCAACGCUGGACUUACCGAUAGACACGCUUAUGAUUCAAGGCCCCAAUCAUGGCCCGUCUUGCGUCGAGGUAUCAACUUCUGGGUUCAAAAUCACAGACAAGUUUACCUUAUUGGAAAUCCUAUCAUCUGGUGGUCGAGCACUUUGGCCAUUGUAGCUUAUCUUGGUAUCAGAGGUUUAAUGGUACUCCGUGCUAAAAGAGGAUUCAGGGAUCUACAUCAGCCCAAGAUCGCAUUCUACGAUGAAGUGUGCUCUUACCUGGUCAUCUCAUGGGCAUUACACUAUCUGCCAUUCUUCUUAAUGCAAAGACAACUUUUCUUACAUCAUUACCUACCUGCAUUAUAUUUCGCGGUGCUCCUCUUCUGUACGGUAUUCGAUUAUAUCACUUCUGCUAUUCGACCUAGAACCAGAAUACAGGUAGCGGCGGUAAUUCUUAUCAUGGCUAUUUGGAGUUGGAACCACUGGAGUCCACUUACAUAUGCUGGACCAUGGACGAAGAACAAAUGUGAGAAAGGCAAAUGGGUCAAAUCGUGGGAUUUCAGUUGUGGCGACUUCCAUGAUGACCUCGGAAUGUAUAAAGGUAUUCCCGCCGUACCAAGUGGUAAGAUCGACGGAGCAAUCACUCCAGAAGGCGAUAGUAUCACUACUACCUUCGUUGAGGAAGCGCCUGAACCUAUACAAAACGUUUUCGAGGCAGCUGAAGUACCAGUAGAAGAAAAGACAAUGGCACCUGUUGGACCUCAAAACGAAGUUCAAAUGCAAGAAUCAACAAUUGAUUCUCCACCAGCAGGAUCAGAAUUGGAAGAAGCACCGUUAGCUGAAGAUACAAGAGCUCCAGUUGGCAUUGAUGCUGGUGCACCUGCAGUGACAGACAAAGCGAACGAUGAAGGUGGUUGGCAUGGCGGUGCGGACGAUGAUAUGAAGCAUCCCCAAGACGAGAAUGCCGUAACAACGGCAGGAGAUGAUGAAGCUCCUCUAUGGAUGAAAGAGUUCGGCAAAAUACCUGGAAUGGAGUUGGAUAAUGAAAAUGAAAGAUUAGUCGAUGAUCUGUUGAAACAAGAUCAAGAGGAGUAG